CUUCACCUAGAUGGAUCUUUGCCUUAUUGGCCUCGUCUUUCGGCCGGUCCGUGGCACUGUAGUCCUCUCCGGAGCUCUCCAACUCUAUUUCCCCCCUAUUGCACUACAAAGGCAACAAUAACAACAGCUGCACAGUGAAACAUGGCGUGAAGAUGACUUAAGAAAGCUAUGUUCCAGCGCCUUUGCCUCUGCGUAGCUGUUGCACUUGUUCUAAUGGCUGAUCGGCUCUCAGACUGUUGUGCUGCUUUAUUUUAAGCAGCCCGUUUCGCUCUGCGCGUCAACAAUAAGGAGCAUGCUGUCGGUGCGUCGGGCAGCGCGUUAAAUGACCACAUUUCACUCAUUGGGUUUUUAUAUUUAGCUCCGUGAGGGACGCGCUGGACGAGCCGCAGAGCGCCGGAAAGAUGAGCCUCUGAUCAGGGGUUUUCUGACAUUUUUAUCCAUUUGAGAUCGUUUGAGCCCCCCCCCCCCCCGAAAAACUUGUUCAUACCGCGGUGCGUAUUGUCAGGCUAUGUGGUGUUGAGUGGCGCCGUGUGUGUGUGUGUGAGAGGGGGAAUACUGCAAAUCUAUCUACAGCUCCGGGGAGAAACGAUGAUGAUGGCUGGUGGUGUCGGAGCAGCCGUGGACCAUAACGGGAUUUUCUCUAAUCCUAACCUCCACAGUCUGCAGCAGCCCCUCAUGGAGGCUGAUAACCCGGACUCCCGCAAGCGACCACUGGAAACUCCGGCGGAGGAGGCCGGCUGUACCAAGCGCACCAACAUUGGAGAGGAGGGUGAGUACUUCCUGAAGGUGCUGAUCCCCAGCUAUGCAGCCGGCUCUAUAAUUGGCAAGGGCGGCCAGACCAUCGUACAACUGCAGAAAGAGACGGGUGCCACCAUUAAGCUGUCCAAAUCCAAAGACUUCUACCCAGGAACAACAGAGCGCGUCUGUCUGAUACAGGGUACAGUUGAAGCUCUCAAUGGUGUCCACAACUUUAUUGCGGAGAAAGUCCGCGAGAUGCCCCAGAGCGCCCAGAAACCUGAACCAGUCAGCAUACUGCAGCCGCAGACCACCGUCAACCCCGACCGCGUCAAACAGGCCAAAUUGAUCGUGCCCAAUAGCACAGCUGGGCUGAUCAUUGGCAAGGGCGGAGCCACAGUGAAAGCAGUGAUGGAGCAGUCAGGGGCUUGGGUGCAGCUCUCCCAGAAGCCAGAGGGAAUCAACCUCCAGGAGCGGGUGGUAACCAUCAGUGGGGAACCCGAACAGAACCGCAAGGCUGUGGAAAUCAUAGUACAGAAGAUCCAGGAGGACCCUCAGAGCAGCAGCUGCCUCAACAUAAGCUAUUCCAACGUCUCGGGCCCCGUGGCCAACUCCAAUCCCACUGGCUCCCCCUACGCUAAUACGGCCGAGGUGAUGCCCAACGCAGCCGCGGCAGCUGCCACUGCCUCCAGCCUCCUGGGCCAGGCCGGCUUGACAGGAAUGGGCGCCUUCCCCGCUACCAUGUCCACCUUCUCCGGCAAUGAUCUGCUGGCCAUCACCUCAGCCCUCAACACACUGGCCAGCUAUGGCUACAACACUAACACCCUAGGUCUGGGCCUCAACCCUGCCGCUGCUUCCGGGGUCCUUGCUGCAGUGGCAGCUAGCGCUAACCCGGCCGCUGCGGCUGCGGCUAACCUUCUGGCCUCCUAUGCUAGCGAUGCCUCCGGUGGCGCUGGCCACCCCGCUGCAGGCCUCGGGGGCUUCUCCCUGGGUUCUCUAGCAGCUGCUACAGGGGCAUCCAAUGGUUACCUAAAUGCUUCGUCCCCACUGAUGGCCUCCUCCCUGUUGGCAACAGAGAAGCUGGCGGAUGGGGCCAAGGACGUGGUUGAGAUUGCUGUGCCCGAGAAUCUGGUUGGCGCCAUUUUGGGGAAAGGAGGGAAAACGCUGGUAGAGUACCAGGAGCUAACAGGAGCCCGCAUCCAGAUCUCCAAAAAGGGAGAGUUCAUUCCUGGUACUCGGAACCGUAAAGUUACCAUAACAGGGUCGCCGGCCGCCACGCAAGCAGCGCAGUAUCUGAUCAGCCAGAGGAUCACUUACGAGCAGGGCGUGCGCGCUACCAACCCACAAAAGGUGGGCUAAAAAGGAUAAAGAAGAGGAAAGAAGGAAAGGAUGAAGACAGAGAUAGAACGGAAUUGAGAGGGUCACAAUGAAUAGAAAAAAGAAACGUCCAAAUAUCUGUUCAAUAUUUCAGUCUCAAAUGAAAGAAUCACAAAGGAGGAGGUGGGGGAGACAUCCAAGAUAAGUGUGUGUGAUAUGUGAAUGUGUUUUUAGGACUGACUGUCCUGAUGUUUUUUAAAAGUUUGUGUCGAGUCCUUUUGACGAUGGUGAUCAGAGUAAGCUGAACUGGUCCACUGCCAAGCUGCAGAUUCAAGGGUGAGGCCGCAGGGUUUCACCCUCCUCCAAAACCUCAUAGCUUUUUUUUUUUUUUGGUUUGGGUUUUGUUGGGUUUAAUUUCGGUUGCAAACCUCGGCUCCCGGUGAGUUGAGCGGUUCAGAUGAAGUACCAGCCAGCUGAUAGAGCUGUUUUACAAACCUUCCUCUUUGUAUACAAUGCAGAAGGCAUUGCUGACAGGGGAGAGGUUUUAUGACUAGCACCUGAGGUCAUCUCAGUGUAUGGGGAAGCAAUCUGAGUAUCAUUUCUUUAAAGAAAUCACAUCUAUGUUGACAUAUGUUGAAUUCUGGCUCGUGCCAUAAUUGAAGUUUCUAAAUUUGGGUAUUUUAUAUUUGUUAUCCUUUAUUUAUUGACACGGUCUCAUUCAAACACAACUAGAUUAUUAAAACCUGUGAAUGCAGGUUGAUCUGAAUGUAAAAACAAUAUUAGCCUAUCGCUAUUUUUUAUUUACAGGGAUCAAAUAUUGUGUUGCAGUGAAAAAAAAAAAAAGAGAGAUGUAUAACUCAAGCCCAGUCUGAACUUCACUGUUGCUGUCUGCGAGCAUAGUUCAGGGGUUAAAUAAUCAAUGUGAGAGGAUAGAGGAGACACACAGGAAUGUAUGAAUAUAUUUCACACGAACAUGCUUAGAUAACGCUCCCGCAAACACUGAAACACAUUUGCAUAUUCAGUCACAGCCACAAACACCGAAAUAUGUUGUUUAACCCGUUCUUGGUGCUAUAGGAUUAGGUUUCUAUCUCCUUAACCAUGAAUUCAAAAUCUCUCUGGCGUCUAUUCUCUUGGUUUCAAAAAGCCAACGUGUCGUCCAGCCAUUAGUAGCCCAUUGGAUCUGACCCAGCCUCUCACCUAAUGAAAAAGGAUUGAUUUCAGCCUUUCAAGAUAGAAAGCAAUCCAGUCUUAAUAUUUCAAGUCCAUCUGCGUUCCAAAUGCAGGUCUUUUCUUUUGUUUGUCUUCACAAGAAAAUUGGGCCACAAUCUAGAUUUUACCUGACAAAGUGUUUGCCUUAGUCACACAUUUGUAACUCCCGAGAAACAACUUCAAGCUCAGACUACCUUUGAAGCAGUGUCUAACCAGUUCUGUCAGCAAAGGGAACACAGCACUGCAAAAGCAUUUUCUUAAGAAAAGCGGUAUGAACCAAUUUCUGUGAACAAAGAAACGAUUGCCUUUACAUUAAGGGUACCAAAUAGUCAAGAGACACACACACCAAUGAAAGGGAAGUCAAAUGACACUUGAAAAGAAGGUUUGGACUCACAUUUCUUGUUUCUUGUUUCUUUUCUUUCUGUGAGCCGUCCUUCCCAAUUUGCAUUGAGACAAAAAUGAUACUUCAGUUCAGGCAGCCUGUAAUCGUUCCAAAAACACGUUAACGCUCACUGACUGCGGGUGGAGCGCCUAAUAAAACAUCUUGAAGUGUUGUGGCAUCGUUGUCUUUUAUGGGCAACUGUUUGUCUAAUGCAGGGAGGCUAAUUGUCUAGAGCAUUUCCAAGCACUCGAAGAUUACCUUGGCUUCCUUCUGUGCUGCUAUCCAUAGUGUUCAUCCUGAGUACACUGGGUCUCUGAAGACUGCACUGUGAGACAUUAAGAACACAAUGUAAAGCAUGUCUGUCCCUGCCGGGAUGUGAGUAUAUUUUAAUGUGCACAUCUAUGUCACAUAAACCAGACCUAUACCAAUACUGACAGAAGGCAUAUAUUUCCACAAGAGCAUUUAUUCUUCAGCAUCUUGUGAUGUUUCUGUUCACCAGUUCCAAUGCAUUGCACUUAAUUAAAUUAGCAGACAUUUUUAUUUUUUUCAAUCAGCGAAACCACAAAUUAUUCUCUCCACAUUUUUACCCUGCACUGUAUUUUCUCCAGUCCGAUUACGUCCCUCUUCCCCCACUUUUAAAGACAUCUUUCAAUUGUCCCCAUCAACCCAAGCUCUAUGAUCAGCUUCCUGAAUACACGGCUGUGAGGGUUGGUGCUGAACAGUGUCCUAGAAAAUCUGAACCAUCCCCGUUUUUUUUUUUUUGGGGGGGGGGGGGAAUUUAACAAAUAGCCUUUUUAUUUGCUCUCUUCAUUUGUCAUGAGUCAUGUUUAAAAGUAAACAGAUAUAGAAGUGUUUGAAACAACUCUUUGUGUCUGAACAUUGCAACAGUGAGCCUUUCUUCCUAACUGAAAUCUCUCCUUUCACUACGUGUCUGGAAGGCCUCGCCGUCAUCCAUAACUACGUACAAUCUGGCCACCGAUGCAAUCAUAAAAGCAUAAAAUGACCUUUUACUGCCCAAGAGUUUAGCAUAUAAUAAGAUACAAGCACAACAACAACAACAAGGGGAUGUUCUAUCAAUGCAACUGGACUGCUUGACUGCAGAGAGCGCUCCUUCAAAGCUCUCGGAUCAUUACAUUGUGCCAAACACUAUUUCUUUCCGCCCCCUUUCAUUCAAUUUCCUCUUUCUCUCGACAUUUUUAUUCCCCUGCAUGAUGCUGUCCCUCUCUGAGGUCCCUCCUGUGUCCUAAUCCCCGUCUGUGCUUCUUCCUACACUGUGCUCUCCCCCUCUUUCUCCUUUCCUCCUGUCUUGUCUUCUCAUGGGUGGCGUGUUGGGUGUGCUGGUGGCGGGAGUUAUGCACUAUAGGUCAUAAAGGGUAAGAACAUAUCUCCCCAGGCCGUAGAGUCCACAAGGCUAAAAUGCACAGACAAACACCUGCCUCCGAAACUGUGACACCCACAAGACCAACCAGCAAAGUUCAACGCUCAAAGUAUCAAAUUCCCUCUAGAAGAAGAACAGGUAGGAUUUAGAAAUGUUUAGACCGUGAACUAUGGCCUUUUUUAAGGGAAGAGAACGUGCUGUUUUUUUUCUCCCAAAAAAAGCCAGAUCAUGGUUGAAUAGAUAUUCACACGUCGGCUGAACAAACCAAGCUCAAGUUUCAGCUUCUAAUUAAAGCGUAGUAAGGACAGAAUGCAUACGAUAGCGAGAGUAAGGUGGGAACUUGUUUGUGACCUCAAGCCGAAACAAUGACAUCCUUUAUGCAUAUCCUCUUAUCUGAAAAAUGACUAGAAUUCAUUUCUGUGGAAUACAAUAUGUCACGUCAUAUGAUCUAUAUGUACUUUAAUGUAGCUAUUCUAGUUUGUAGUCCAAAUGCAGUCCAGCGUUGUCGAUACAAUGUGAACUAUGUUAUAUUUGUGUGGAUGAUGAGAGUGCCAACUAAGCCUGAUUAAGAUUAGCUUCGCAAAAUUUGUUUGUGCAUUAUGAUGACUCAUCAUCGACCUGGUGGUGUCCAUAUUUCUGUCAUUGAUGAUUUAGUUUGACAGUAAGAAAAUGUAAAGAAUAUUGGAAGCAAUAUAGUAGCAUGUUGUCCUGUUUUGUGUUUUAUGUCUGUUGUAUGAACCUUUGAAAUUACUAAGAUUUUUGAAUGAAUAGGUUUACAUGUACUUUUUGUAAGUUAUGAAAAUGCUGCUAUUUGAUAAGUAAACUAUACAAAAUAUUUUAGUUGAAAAGAUGUCUGGUCUGUUAAAUAGAAAUGCUCUAAACGGCUGGAGCAUAAAACGAGGUGUAUAGAAUACUAUACAGUAUUGGUAAGAUAGUAAAAGUAAUAAUAGACUUCAUAGUACAACCUGUGCCAAACUAGACCUCCGCAGCUUCUGAAAUUGUAGAUGUGCGAUCAAAUGUUAGAUAUCAAUAACUUGUUUAGAAGUGCUGAUCAAAGUGCCAAUCAAACACUGUCUUUUAAGUUAAGAAAAAGAUAAUCAAAUACAUAACUUAAGAAAAACAAAGGACAAAGAACUUUUUGUGCAUUGUUUUUAUCCCAUAGGUACAUAGAGUAAGAGUUAAAGAUUGUGAUUUUUAUGGAUCCAUGUUGUUUUACACUCCAUGCAUCCCUUGUGUGUUUGUUUGACCCGUGGCUUCAGUACUGCUGUCUCACAAAUGUCUCUAUAGGCCAGCAUGGACUAAGCAUAACAUGUUAUAAGCAUUCAUAACAUACCAUUAACAAUCAAAAAUGUGUUUGUGGAGUUAGGUGUUAUCUUUUUGCACGUCUUCUAUUGCAUGGUAUCAAAGUAAAUUAUGGAGGAAAAAAAAAUUUUACAAAAAUUUUGCGAGGUGUCUCGCAACAUUCAAAGACAUUACGCUGCAUGCAGUCAAAUGUAAAGCACUUAAGUUUACUCGCCUCAUGUUAAAAAAAAUAAUUGUUUUUUAAUUGUGAUUUGGGAGGGAGCUCAUUAUUGUCAUGUUGGCCCGAAAAAAAAGACACACACACACACACACACACACACACACACACACACACACACAGAUCAAGUCCUCAUGUUCAUGUCUCUAAACGUCAUCCGAGAAGAAAUUUAGAUUUUUAGGUACAGUGAGGAGUAUUAAAAAUGUGAAACAAGCAAACGUGAAAAUGUUAUUCAGUGCAUUGGCUCCUUGUGUUAUGCUUUUUUUUUUUUUUUUUUAGCAUAUCAGGCACACAUUUCUUUGACAAGCAGGUUGAACCUCAUAUAACCUGUCCCAUAAUGUGUUUUAAAAAAAAAGAUUUUUCUUUUAUGUCGCAGCUCGAAAGCCCAGAUCUAAUCUAUGAAUGUACCCAUUUACUCUGUUUUUAUUUCUGUCGAAUGUUACCAGUCGUUAAUGUAAAUUCAGGGCAGGAAUGUCAAAUACAUGUAGAGUUAAUAUCUAUGUCAAUAACAGAUUUCAACUAUAGUCAGGUAGGCCGCACACGGCCACAGUCGUGAACAAGAUAUGUUUUUUAACACAACUUCCGAUUCGCUGUCAACAUUAUCUUGUUUGUUUGGUGUUGCAUAAAUGCACUUUACUGAUCAGUGGGUCGUAUUGGGUGUGAAAUGAAGCAAAACCAUGAUGGCUUUCAAUAGUAUGUGAUAUGUUUUUGCCAUUCUUUGUUGCUCUGAUGUUACUUUUAUUAUUAUUUAUUCCCUGAUCCUGUUGGGUCUCAUGAAUGAUGGAAAGGGCUGGAGUCUCAGACAAAAUAGAAAAGUAGCACCUGUUUCCUCACUUGAAGGCUUCUCCUUCACAUUCCCUUCUGCAGAGGUUUGUGUCAAUCACUGAGUGCUUUGUUUUUUAACCAACCAUGUGAAACCGGGACGGAUCUGUACACUUUUGUGCUUUCGCAAUUUGCAGUAGAAAAAUGCGAUUUAUACCCCCCAGCAAAUUGGGAUUGAAGCACUGGGCUGAAGGCAAUGAGGGAUGUAAGCUCUAAGUCUGGCUGAUGUAAACAGUCAGAUCUGAGAGACAUAAUCGGCACCAGCAUAAAUGAAGAUUGCCUCUGCCACCUCAACACGAUACAAAUCACAUCACAGAGGAAAACCCAUUAGACUUUGAGUGGUAAAGGCCAUGUUACACGAAUGAUAUUUCGCUCAUUCUUUUGUGUCACAACCCCCCCCCCCCCCGUCCUUGCAUCCACCGCUUCACAUCCGAAAUGCCAAACAAAUUACAGUAUCAUUCCAAAAGUUAUGUUUUUUUUCACUCCAACUGUGUCCCGGACAUUCAUCCGCCCCUCACGGACACAUAUAAACUGUCUCAGACGUCUCUCUUAAAACCUCUUCUCCCUGAGCGUCACUCUCUCAGCCCACACCACAUCGCCAUUUGUGUUCCAUCACACCGAGCACCUGCUACUGUGUCGGCCCUUUAAACGGAUUAAGGUAUUUCUGAGCCCUUUCGUCUGAGAAAAAUACAGGAUUCUUUGCCAACCAAACAUGAGGCCGUUUUAUUGUUGUUGUCUUUUGUCCUUGACCCUCUGAACCUCCCAUGAACUUAGUUGACCUUCUUCAUCACCCAGGAACACAUGUAUGUGUUGGAUAUUUUACAACCCACUAUGUGUCAAAUCUGCGAGACUGUUCUUUUGUUUUUCUGGUUAUCUGGACAAUUAUGCAGGGUUCUUGCUUUAAGUGGAAACUGAAGAAAGCACGCCAGUACCUUGCAACCAUUUUCAUUUUUCAUUGUAAAAUGUCUUUUCCGGGUUUCGGUUUUUACUUCGUUAAACCUCUGUUCUUUCCACCUCAGAAAAAAAUGGACUGACAGCAUAAGAUCAAAUAUAUUCCGACCUAAGAAAAGUAAUGUUUUGUUGAUUGGGUAUAUUUCUCUUUGGUAUAAAUGACGUUGUUAUGUUUGUGACGAGGAGAAUCUGUGAAAGUCCACAAUGUUAACUACCUAAAGGGCUUUCUAGGACAGCAUUUAUAUGUCUUUUAAAAUGGAUAAAAGUCCUCUGAAUAUAUUCAGAAAUGAGAGGGACAUGUCUUCUUGUGCCAUUUUCGAAAAAGUGUGACAGCUUUUAUGGCAAAUAUUUGUCCAAAAGAGUGCCAAAUAAUUCCAUACUGAGCCAAAAGGCAGCCAGCCUACAUAACUAAAUGUUAGAUCACUGGAAUGGUUACGUCCCAUCUCCACUCCCCUUGAUAAACACCACCCUAAUUGUGCGACGUUUGAGCUUGUGUGCCAUUAUUGUUAUGCUGCCAGUCUGUUUUCUGCUUUUGUCAGAGAAACAUCUCGGAAGCCGUAUAUUUUCUAAAUGAUACACUGUUGGUAAAAAAAGACAACAGCUACUAUGGCGAGGAAAUGAGAGGAUUUUAAAAGUGUCAUUGUUUAUAUUAUUGGUUUAUUUGAACAUUCUUCAUUAAUAGAUUUAAACGGUAAUGACUAUUUAAUGUAACUGUAGUACUGUGUUUGUAAAAGAAAUUCAGUGAGUUGUGUUUUAUGACUCGUGGAAGUCGUCGAUGACCAGUGAAGUCAGCAUUUCAGUGUUAAUAAUUGAAUUGUUUUUUAAAGAUUAUUUUUGCGACGGCAACAAAGAGUCAUUAUAAAUGUUCAUUUUAACAUCA